CGAGCCCGUCGGGUCCCGACGGGUUCGGGCAAAGAUCUUCAGCUCUACCCCAUGGAUCAAUCCAACAAGCCCACAAACACCUCUUACUUCUCAAACCUCACUCUCAAGUGUCAUCUCCUCUCCACCAGAUAGUGACAGCACUAGUUCCUCUACACAACAGGACAGUGGAUGGCACUAUAAUUUUAAAGUGCCUUGGAACAUGCUGCCAGCUGUUUUGAGGAAGAAAUUAAAAAAUCAAGAGAGACCAACAGCCAGAGAAAGGAGGGAAAUGGUACGGAUUAUUGCAGCUGAAAUCCUUGCCAUUUGCCAAAAACCAUCAAAAAAACACCUAAAUGAAGUUGCUCGGAAGAUGGUCCUUACAUAUCCAAAGUCUUUAAAAGACAUGAUUGGAGAUGAGGUUGUUGGAAGUGGGCAUGAUGCUUUAACUAAGCAAUUUCAGCACAGGGUUGAUAACUACAAGAGAAAUGAGAAGCACAACAGCACUAUAUAUGACGGCAGCCCUGUUUCAGAAAAAAAGCUGCAACGUAAAGACUCUGUGAAUGUGGAAGCCCAGAUGAAAAAGAAAAAAGAGAUGCAGGAAAUGUUUAAGGUAAAUGACAUGAAUGCAAAACAAAUAGAACAGUUAAUGUCAGAUACCUUCGUAUCGCAGAGAAGUGACAUACAGUCUGGCAAGGACACACACCUUAUUAAAGAAGAAUGGCCCUUUUUAUUUUCACUUGUUGGCAUGAAGGCACAUUUCAAACUUUUAACGGGUGUCCACAUCAACGAGGCAUUUGAGGAGGCUAUGGCAGCGAAAUUUGCUAGAGUUCUAGAGUAUUUGCAGUCUCUUCCACUUGAAAAAUCAAGCAUAGCUUCAAAACAGAGAGCAGAAAUUCAAGCUCGUGGUGGACCCUGUGGAGCAGUGAUGAUGCUGCUUCUACUCUUCAAAGAAGACCAUGCAAGAAUGUUCCACAUGGUCGACAAAACCUGCAUUGCAACUGAGGUUUAGACAGAACACCUGCCACCCACACCCCGUAUUAGUGUAUGUGGAGAGAGUCCAAUGUCUGCAGCAGGUUUCAUGGUGGCAGCGGACCAGGUUGUGAUCAUGGAACACACGACAAGCUUCACAGAUGCACUGGUCUGCAUGUUUGUGUCCUUCUAUAUCUUCAACAUGUCAACAGCACUUGGGGCAACCCUUCGAGUUUCUUCAA